AUGCCGCACAUAAACUAUACAGCCGUCGUCACCAUGGUUAACUCGUCACUAUUAAAUACUAACAACUGGAACUGUGAGACGGUUUUGUGUUCGACGGGGUCCUUACUACCUGACGAUCUCGGACCGAAUGCCACUGACAGUUACACCGGUCAACAUCUGGGCCCAGAAGCUAUAAUCAUCCCAACUAUAUUCGCUCUCAUUUUCAUUGUUGGUGUGAUUGGAAAUGGUACUUUAGUACGCAUUGUUAUUAUGGACCCUUCGAUGCGAAGUGUACCUAAUAUAUUCAUAGCAAGCCUGGCUAUGGGAGACCUUCUACUGUUACUUGUAUUCGUACCUUUCAACGCCAUUACCUAUAUGACUACGUCUUGGCCGCUCGGCGAGGGAAUGUGCAAAGUCAUAAACUGCGUUCAGGUGGCCAGCACCGGUGUUUCAGUGUUUACGUUGACGGCGUUGAGCGCCGAUCGCUACCAAGCUAUUGUUAACCCGAUCAACAAGAAGGCCACGGACAUGGUGCAGCGUACAUACACAGUGGCGCUUUUGGUCUGGGUGAUAUCGAUCAUGUUAGGCAUUCCGACAUUAGUGUUGGCAACGCUGGUUGAGUACGAAAACCUCGAUGGUACGACUGUCACAUACUGUCAAGCUAUUCCCAUGGGGAUGACUGUCACCAUCCAGCUACACACCGCGUUGAUGUUUGUGUUUUUAUAUCUGGUGCCGUUGGCCAUCAUAAGCGUGUACUACGUUCUCAUUGCCAUUAAAUUAAUCGGAAGCACGAAACGCACAAUCGGCGAAAGUCUGCGGAACGAGAACAAACAGCUUCGUGCGAGAAAACGCGUUGCCAAAGUCGUGCUCGUCUUUGUCCUUAUAUUUGGAAUAUGCUGGUUACCAUAUCAUAUUUUUAACAUGAUGUUGUUUUUCAGUAAAGACACGAGGUACAUGGAAACGUACGGCAUACUCUUUCUCAAAUUCCUGGGCACAAUCAUGGCUUAUGCCAAUUCUUGCGUAAACCCACUGGCCCUUUAUUUCUUGAGUAACACGUUCAAAUCCUAUUAUAACAAAUACAUCUUAUGCUGCUUCGUGAAAAAUAAACCCCGAAACGGCCCGGCGAAAGAAUACAGGAACAAUAGUUCUUUCAAACGUUCGCCUAGCCGUACCCUGACACGACUAACGCAGCGGACGAUGGUAUAUUCUGUUUAA